AUGGCUCAGUCGUCGGCGAGUGAUGAGUCGCAGACAGGUGCAGACAUCGCUCCGACAGAUGGCGCACCGUCUUCUGCCACAUAUGGCGGCGCGCGGUCUUCUUCGACCUACAUCCGCUCUGGAUAUCCAGCAGAAGCGGCGCCUUCAAGUGCGGGUUCGAAGCCUUUAACAUUGCGAGCAGCAGUGAAGGCCUGUGACGUGAACAGCGUCCGCCAUGCCUUGCUAAAGUUGCAGGGCCUCAACACUGAAGCUACCGAAGCUGCGCUGGAUGCAACAGACGGCAUGGGACGCACUGUGCUGCAUAUUUGUGCAGCUAGUGCCUUGCGAGGUGGCACAGGCGAUGUGAUGAAGCUACUUCUGGAGCACAAGGCCCGCACAGAUGCUCGUGAUGCGAACGAGAAGAACCCCCUGGACGUGGCGGUGGCAACGGCCGCAACGGCCACGGACGCGGCCACGGCAGAGGACUUUGUUUCAGCGGCGGCCACCGUCUCCUCUCUUUUGAAGUCCCGGGCCUCUGCCUCCGGAGAGCAACGAGAGUCGCUGGAGACGAGCCUGGCAAAGGCCGCAACGCCUCAGGUCAAAAACGGCUUGGCGCAAAUCUUGUCUUUGUUGACGCCGCCACAGGAAGAUGGAGGCAUCUUAGCCGAAAAGCUGAUGCAGGCUGUUGAUCGCCGCGAUCCAGAAACUGUCCAGAUCUUCGCUCGAAUACGCCAACGAACCGACAGCUCUACGCUCUUGGGACAGUGCAUGCAAGCGUUCGAUGCCGAUGGCAACACGCUGCUGCACAGAUUCGUGGUUGGUCCAACCAUUGACGCAGAGAAGGACAUGGUCAUCUUGCACCUACUGCUAGAGUCUGCCUCAGACAUUAACAACCGAAACUUGCUUGGUGAGACGCCUCUGCUGGCAGGCGCUAGGUCAGCAGCAAAGCUAGAAACACUGGAAGCUUUGAUAGCGGCCCGCGCCGACCCCAGUUCUCCAGAUACGAUCUCGCACGAGACCGCGUUGAUGGAGGCUGCCUGCCGUGGCGAUGCAGGACUCUGCCGGCUAAUUCUCAAUUGCAGGGCGGAUGCGGCAGCUAGGAAUAUCCAUGGUUGCACCGCUUGGGAUUUAGCGAUUGAGAACCGGCACAGCGACGUUGUCCAGCUUCUGGCGGAGAACGGUAGUGUACAACCACCCAGCCUGAACAGCGAAUUGAUGGCUGCGGUGAAGGCCUCCGAUGUGGAUACAGUGCAAAGGCUUCUGUCGAGUCUGGGAACACUCGAGCUCGAGCGAGUCUUAACACGCGGAGUGGAUGAUGCCGGACGACAGCUCCUGCACGUGUCUGCAGCCCAGGGUGCACAAGAAGGAGCAGCGGACGUUGUGAGACUGUUGCUCGAGUUCGGCGCACCGACAGACGACCUGGACUUCGCUGGCGACACUCCUUUGUCCUUGGCAGUCUUGACAGCUUCGGCCGAUGGCGAUGCCGGUGGCAGUUGGGCGGCUUUGGACACUUGCCGCGUUUUGCUAGUGGCCGGAGCCAGUGCCGAUGCUGGUGGACAGCUCUCCGCGCCCAACUGUGCUUUGGCAGAAGCCUUUCAAAGCGGUCGCGGCCAGGAUGUUUGUCAACUUUUGCAUGCAUUUGGGGCGAACAUGCCAUGGUAUGCAGUGGCAGAAGCCUCGAAUGAGUCUGCCGAUGCAGAUGCGGAGUACGCAGAUGUCGGUCAUGGCACCUUCGAAGCGCAGUGUGAGCAGGAAGGUAUUCCGCUGGAUAAGUUGGGGGUGCUGGGUGCAAAGGCGGUCCUCGCUGCCUGCAGCGGUUGGCGCCAGAUGACGGUGAAGCAGUUACGCUCGGAGUGCAGUGAUGUUGGCAUACCGACCGAUGGUUGUGUCGAGAAGGCAGAGAUAUUUUCGCGCUUGCGUCAAGUGCGCAUCUGGCAGGCAUCCUCCCUGGAGAUGCUCCGCGAGGAGGUGGGCAGCCUCGGCCAGGAUGCGCAGCGCUCCCGGCAAGAGCUCGAGAUGAGCAAGAAGUGCAACACCCAAUCGAUCUUCUUGAGCGGGGACGUGGCGAGGGAGGACUACGGGAUGGUCGCAGGGCCUCCUCCACGUCGGGCCCAAGGCUACCAGGGCGAACGUCGUCAGGAAGGAGAUGCUGGCGGCAUGCGAGCCUGGACCGGCGGUUGGAGCCGGAGGGACGAGAUGGAAGACAGCUGGGCACCAGCCCCGAAAGGCCAGAGCAAGGGCUGGGGCAAAAGCUGGCGCAGCGAUCCUUGGGAGAGCCCGAGCUACGGCUACGGCGGUGGCGGCGGCUAUGGCGGCAGCUACGGUGGCGGCUAUGGCUAUGGCGACGGCUACGAUGGAUAUGGCGAUGGCUACAGCAAGGGGAAAGGCAAGGGUAAAGGAAAGGGCAAGAGCAAAGGCCCAUCAUUCUAUUCUAUGCACGAUGAACGUGGUGAUGAACCUCUGCGCGAGAGAUCGCCACGCCGUGCAGGUGGUUUUGGCGGUCGCUGGAAGCACGACAUGUAUGAUGAGAAGGACCUUCCUGCAGGAGAGUACCGAAACUUCGGAGGACGAACCCUUGGCGGUCCUGGCAGGAAAGGCAAGGGCAAGGGGAAGGGCAAGACCAACGGCAAAGCCAACCCCAAGCAACUUGAUCAGCAGCUGAGCCGCUACUUCGGAAAAGAGGAUGAUGGCCUAGACAAGUCAGCGCUGGACACAGAGCUGGACUCCUACAUGGGCAAGGAAAAGGCGGCUGACAAGGCAUAG